CAGGUGCGGAUACACCGAGAGGGAAAUGAGGAAAAUCUCUCCCCCUCUCCCCAAAAAUACUUAUUUAUGCAUCAGUAACUAUUCAUUUUAACUUGACACAAAACAUACAAGCAAAAUAUUUUAAGAUAAUAAUUAAAACAAAUAAAAUCAUAUCAUAGGAUGAGCUGAGUUUAGCCUGCGUCAGUGUAUAUAAUAUGUAAUAUGACACUUUCGACCAAAAUGCAUUGAAUAAAAAAAUUUCCUCCACCCUCUAAAAUUCGCCUCUGGAUCCGCCCCUGAAUAAUUAUAUACCUAAUCAUUGUAUCAAUUAUGUACAUUAUUCACACAAAAUAUUUCACAAUGAAUACAAAUUAUUUUUCUGAAUACAUUUCAGUAUUUUCAAGAGUAAGUAUAAAAUAUUUUUACUUUUACUUAUAUAUUUUACUCAAUUAAAAGUACUGUUUGUUUACUUAUUUUUUUGUGGGUCUCCAAACAUGGAUGAAUUUUUUAACUUUUAUUUGCUCUGUUUCCAUUGUUUAAUUUUUACUGAAAUUUUGUUCAUUAUCAUGAGUGCUAUCCAUUUGGCUCUGUUGUUAAAAUUAUGUUAAGAUAUAUCUACAAAUUGAUUGAAACAAAAUUAGGUACUUCAUGGCAUUAAAAAUUGUAUUUUCAUUAUUUAAUGAUUCUUGAUAAAAACAUUGGAUCACUAUAUAAGUAAUAAUCACUGUCAGAGCCAGAGCCCUGAUGAAGGCUUAAUAAAAGCUGAAAUAUUGGUGAUAUAAAUAAUUUUAAUUGACUUACACCUAAGAACAUAUUAUUUCUUCUGCACUCAAUUUUGGUUAUGUGAUUUGUGCUCAGAACAUUGAAUUUGUCUACCAUAUCAUCAAACUAACAUCAAAUUUCAUUACCUUUCCUAAUAGGAACAUAAUAUUUACACAUAAAUUAUGAUAAAAUGAAGGCAAUUUUUAUCAUUGGUCAUGUUUUAAUCAUAAGAAAAGCUGAGAUGGAUUUACAAAAGACAGAAAUUUUUAUUUACAACGCUAUGGUAUAUUAACAUUGCCUUGUCAGUAAAAAAAUGUUAUUCAAUAUUCUGUUAGUGAGAAAUUUGAGGUCCUAAAUUCACACAAUUGCCAAAUCUUUAUGAGAACUGUUGAGAUCAGUGUUUUAUAAAUUUUGGGGUUCGAACACUUCUCUGGUAUACAAAUGAGUUUAAACAUUGCUAUCUCCAAAACUAUAACAAUCAUAAUGUUAAUCAUAACUUUCCAAAAAUGAACAUCGACCUAUCAAUAUCUUAUGGCAGCAAAUCUCUCAAUAUCUUAAAACAGCACAAGUUUCUAAAUAAUUUUCUUUAGACUUGCCAAUAAUGUUAUUUAUCAAAUACAGAUUUUAAGAAACUUCUGAGUAAAAUGGUGAAAAAGUGAAUUGGGAUUUUCUAAUUUUUUUUUUUAAGUGCCCAUGACAUUAUAUUGUGAAAACAAAAAAUGUCAUUUGAAUUCGUAUUAAUCCAUUACAUGUGAAAACAUAUUUUACAGGGCCUAUUUUUGGAAGGAGCCAGAUGGGAUCGUCAAAUAAAGGAACUCAAUGAGUCCUUUCCAAAAAUUCUUUUUGACUCCUUGCCAGUAUUUUGGUUGAAACCUACUGAAAAAGUAUGUUUAUUCUUUGUACAAUCAUUCAAACUUGUAAAUUGUGAUAAAUUACAAAUUAAAUAAUAAUACAUUCAAAUCAAUAGUUUUAAUUAAAAAAAUGUAUAGUCAUUAUUUUAAAUAUUAAAUGCAUUAGAUAAGAAAUGAUAUGAAUGUGAACCAUGUGUUUCAGGGGAAAAUGCGCCACGAGCCUGUGUACAAGUGUCCUAUUUAUAAAACUAGCGCCAGGAGAGGAGUAUUGUCAACUACUGGCCAUUCCACGAAUUUUGUUAUGUAUAUGGAUCUUCCAAGUAGGGAGCCAGAACGUCACUGGAUUAAUAGAGGCGUGGCAUUAUUAUGUCAACUUGACGACUAAAUUCGGCUUUAUAUUUUGAGAUAAUUGUACUUUUUUUUUCUAGCUCUUGAUUUUAAGACUUCCCUGCGCGACGUAAUAGUUUUCCAGCCUGUAAUAUACAUAUUUUUUCUAAUAAUUUAAGGACACAUGCAAUACUCUGUAUUUCGAAUAAAUAAAAUGGACUGCCUCUUUAAUUAUUAUUUUCUUGCUGAAGCUAUAAAUAUUAUUCACACGCCCUACCCAAUAUCUGCAAAGCACACGUUGCGUAAAUAAAACUUCGCUAGUCAUAUGUUCAACCCCUUCAUGGUCGCAAGUACAGACCACUAUUUUGUAGUGGAACCUGCUGAUUGUUUCAACUAUUGCAAGCUGAUUGCAAGUGUAAUGAAUGAAUGUCGAAUAUGAUGACUCAUCGAAGAGUCACAGGUCGUAGUAGUUGGUCGAAAAGUGUCGCAUAACGUCAACUCAGUCUCAAAUCUUCUAAUGUUGAACGGCACAGCGAGUUGGAGUGUACAUUUUUACUUUUUAUGUUUCGCCGAGUGUUCUUCCGCAUUGUUUACUGUUGAAGAUUAACAAUUUGUUGGAGAACUUGGGUUAAUUAUUAAAAUCAAAAUAAUGUGACACUAGCAGCAGACUAUCGUUGUGACUUCGCAAAUUCUUACGUUCUCAAUUACAAUAUUUUUCUGUAAUUGAUUUUCAUCUACUUUUUCGAACAUAUCUGUACGCUCCACCCGCAACAACUCUGGUAUAAUUUCAUCAGAAACACGCAGCUCGAUUGUCACGUGGUCAGGGCCACCCACGUUUUGGAUUGUGGGUAAACAACUAAACAUCCAUACGAUCUUCAUCGGCUCUGGGAAGCCAUAUUCAGUAGUGAUGUCUUCACAUUCGCGGCCGCAGGAGAGUGAUGCGUGGGCUCUUUUGGCCCUAAAAUCGGCCCCAGCUAGUCCUUCAAAGUUACAAUGGAGCCCCGAAAGCAAAGGAACAGCUAUUGCGCGAUUAGAAGGCAGAGAAUUAGAGUAUAUGGUGCGACAAGAGAGAAUUACCAUCGGUCGAAAUAGCUCGCGAGGCGAGGUCGAUGUAAACAUGGGACAUUCUAGUUUUAUCUCACGAAAACAUAUUGAAAUAUUUUUCGAGCACCCUCAUUUCUAUAUGACAUGUAAUGGUAAGAACGGAGUGUUUGUGGACGGCGUGUUUCAAAGGAAAGGAGCCCCGUCAUUACAGUUACCUAAAACAUGUACAUUUCGAUUUCCAAGUACCAACAUACGAUUAGUAUUUCAAUCUUUAGUAGAUGAAGCAGAUCCACCUGUCACAGUGCGACAGCCUUCUCCAAACAAGUCAAGAGCUCCUUUGCCACCAUUAAGAAUUAAUAUUCCUGAUCCAGAUAACAAUUUCAAUAGUCCAUUUCCUUCACCUACGGGUACAAUCAGUGCUGCCAACUCCUGCCCAGCAAGUCCACGUGGUGGGCAUGGUGGUCAUGGACGUCGUAACAUUAGUGCAGAUCUCCAAAUGGUUGCAGUUUAUGCUGCUGCCGCGGUAGCUGGUGGUGGUAGUGGUGGUGGCAGCAGCAGCAAUGGAGGAGGCAACGCUGGGGGAGUGCCUCAUUCUGUGGUCAACACAAUUACUGUUGCAACUUCAAAUACAUCAGAUGACAGACAAGAUGGUGUAUUGGGUCCUGCUUCUUCUAGUCACGGUAGCUCAGCAGUGGCUUCAGUUCCAAGUCCUGAUAAUCAUCAUAGUACAAGUUCUGAAACUGGCAAUGGACAUAAAGUUUACAGAGCUGGAGGGCCCAAUGGCACAAAUUCUACCUGUCCUCCUCCAGUUACAGAGCCUUAUAGUCCACCAAAGGAUGAUUCAAAACCACCAUUUUCAUAUGCUCAGCUGAUUGUACAAGCUAUAGCAUCAGCUCAAGACAAACAACUCACACUUAGUGGUAUAUAUUCGUAUAUAACUAAAAACUACCCUUAUUAUCGGACUGCAGAUAAAGGAUGGCAGAAUUCUAUUAGGCACAACUUGUCGUUAAAUCGAUACUUUAUUAAAGUUCCUCGUUCGCAAGAGGAGCCAGGAAAGGGAUCAAGUGCUCCAGCUUCCCCAAGUCAUGUCGGAAUGAGUGGGCUGAUGACACCGGAGUCUCUCUCAAGAGAAGGGUCUCCCACACCUGACCAAUAUCCAGACAACUCUGUUGUAUCUCCUGCCAUGCAUGGCACCCAUUUGGAAGUGAAAACUAGCCAGAGUGCUCCUGGUUCUCCUGGGCACCCAGGUGUUACCUUUGUGACCAGCGGUGUGAGUGGGCAACCACAGCAGGUUGCUCUGGUUGGAAAGUCACGUCUAAUGCUACCUGCUCAACCAAUUACAGUAGUCACCAAUGGUGUUGGGGGAGAGGUGUCUCGUGAAGAGAAGUACCUGGUACCAAACAGUGCAGCUACUCUUGUCAGUGUAGCUGAAGAGCGCUCUGUCUCUCCAGCAUCAUUCUCUCCUGCUCCUGUAAUUGUACAAGCUGCAUACACAAAUUACAGUGGAACAUUUGUUACUCCUUCAAAUCCAUCUAGUGGUGCUCUUGAUCAAAUGGGUGGCACAAAGCGCCAUCAUUCUGAGAUGGAUGAGAGUUCUUCACCCUUAACUGGUGGUGGACAUGCUGGGGAUGAUGAUGGUUCAGCUGAAGAAGAGAGCAAGAAAGCUCGAAUAAUAAAAGAAGAGGAAAUAGAGAGUGAUAAGUGAUGAGAAAAGAAAUUGACAGAUUUGUAGCUUUCUUGAAUUGGCACAAGGUAGGUCUCUGGAAAUAGAAAGAGCCAUAAUGCAAUGGCAAUGAAGAAUUGUUUGUCUUGACAGCUGGCUGCUAGACAUCAUACUGUAUUGCAUUGCAUUAAAAGUAGAAGGCUGAUGGGUAGUGUUUAAAAAAACAAAAAUAAAAAAGAAUGAGAUAAGUAGAUUUAGAAGAUAUGAAAAUCUUCAGAAAUAAUGGUCCUGCAUGAGCCUGUCAUAUUCUAGUCUAUUUGCAGUGAGUUUGUUUCAAUUUGAUUAUUCAAUUUGUAUUUUCUACAAGAAUUAAACUGAAGAAAUAGUCUCUUAUUCUUCUGAGAAUUUAAUCUUCACAGAUCAUUGAGAUACAAUUAUUUUUGUUGAGAAAGUAUUUGACUCUUUAAUCAAUGUUUUUACGAAAUAGUCUGAAUCCAAUUGAGACUAAAUCAAUAAUUACUGUAAAUCAUUAUAAGUGUACUUAGUACUCAGAUAAUGCUCUUAGUUAAAAAACUUCAUUUUCAUUAAUUCUGUUUACACCAUGACUUUUGUUUCAUCUUUAAGAAUUUUUGCUUAAUUAAAGUAAUUGCUCCUACCUAGCUCAAGGGAAGUUUGUAAAGUGUCCAGAAAUACUAAAGCAAUGAUACCUUCUAAGAGACAUUUCAUUGCAAUACUAAAAUAAUUUAUUGACUCAGUAUGUAUCAUGGUCCCAUGGUACAAAUCUUCAAAAAUAUUUAUAAUUUUAUCCUCUUAUUCACAGUAUUAUAUUAUGAGAAAUCCAAAUGUGUAUUCUGCAAUUAGAGAUAUUGCAUUAAUAAUGCAUUAGAUCAUGGGUUAAUUUGAAUAUGGUGUGAAUCGGAAUGCUGCGUGUAGUACUUAGAUGUUGCUUGCGUGUGGCAUAGGUGUACAUAGAUGUUAGGUUGUCAAAAACAAACCGGUUUCAUUUUAUUAUGUAUAGUUUUAAAGAAUCAUUAUAUAUUGUGCUUGCAUUGUGAUGUAAUGUAAAAAUUCAAACUCUAUGAACACUUACGUGUUGUUACAAAAGUAUAAUAAUACUUAUUUUUUAAAUCUUAAAAUUCCUUAUUGACCAAUAAGAAUAGUAUAUGCAUUCUGUUCAAAGCAAGUUCUGUAGUUCAGAGACAUAGUAAGAUCGUGGAAUUCGAUUAAAUUUCCUUCAAAAUUCUCAGAUUACAUGACUCCCUAAAUUGGGUUGUUUUAUGUUUUUUAUUCUCUGUGGACCCUGGCUUUCUUCAGUGUUUCUUUUGUGCUAAAUACAAAAAAAUUGUCUUCAAGAGUUAAGCAUCAGAUUUGGGUGCUGUGAAAGUCAUUCUUGUUAUUUUCCUUAUUUAUUCACUCUGUAACUAUUGAAUAAAGCCUUUUUCACAUACAUUCAGCUUGGAAGUGGUCAGAAGUUGACUAAACAAAAUUUCAACAAUCCUGUUUUUAUUCAUACUUUGAUAAAGAUAAUUCACAAGAAGAGUAAUAUAGUCUGCAAAAUCUAAAAAGGCAUACUUGGAAGAACCUAACAUUGUACUGAGCACUAAUCAUAAAUAUUUUCAUAAAUUAGCAAUUUUGUGGUGGUUUCGAAGCACACACACUAAGCAAUUAGCAUUUUGUCGGGAAAUUUUGUGGUGCUAAAUUAUUUACAACUUUAUUUUAAUUUAAACAUUUAUGACAUUCUAUAUGACAUAAUCUUUUAUUAAAUCAUUCAUGUCAUCUUUUAUUACAUAACAAUACAUUUCUUGAAUUAUAUGUUAGUGAAAGAUCUGAACUUUUAUAUUCAGUGCAUACCUUCUAACAUUUCUUUAUCAGCCUUCAUACCCCUUCUUAGGACGAUCAGACAUAAUCAUAUAUCUAGGUUGUAGUCUAGCAGCCAUUUGUCCUGUGAAAAAUAUUUUUUCCGUGAGAAUUUCCAUUUUCCAUCUGAUGCUAAUCUGCCAUUUUUGUUGCUCUAGACCAUUUUGGUGGGCUUGUCACAUCACUUCUCUGUUUAUGUGUUGUUUGGGAGAGAGGUGUUUUCAUUGACAGUGCAAACACCAUGAAAAUGUGCUAUGUAAGAAAACAAUUGUUGACAGGUUGACUCUGCUUUCUAUAAUGUGGGUGUUUCAUUUCAUUUUUUAAAUUAAUGUUCACAAUCAUUUUACCUUUUCUUCUUCUCAGUUUUCUCUGUAUAGUUCUAGAGUGCCCCCAUAAGCCAUCCGUACUCUUAAUAGAAAGCAUAGAAUGUGUGAAAUUUUAUUUCCAUUAAAUUUAUGGAUUGAGAAUUUGGAAGCACCUAAAUGGGAACAAGGAAUUGGUUACUUCACUGCCCCUAUUAUGAGAAAAAAAGAAAAUAAGCUUGAUUUUUUGAAUUGAAAUAAUUUUUUUGGUAACUUGUACAGUAAAUUUGUAAGUUGUUAUUUAUGUGAAAUUCAGCUGUUUGGUACAUGCAACAAUAAUUUACAUUUUUUGGAUCAAACGUGAAAAUGCCUUGCAGAAACUGGUAUUUGCGGUCAUUAAUUGUGCCUAUCUGCGUAUCAGUUAAUGAUUCCCACAUGAAAGAAAAUGUGGCAAAACCUUACCUUUUUUUUUUUUUUUUUUUUACCACAACUGUAUGUUAUAUAAUUUUCAGUGACUUAUAUUUUUGGGUUGGGUAAUUUAUUACACGAUAUGAAAAUACUUAAUAUACCUUUGUGGAAUGAUGUGGUUUGAUGACGCUUCAUUGGUAAUAUUACAUACAGGGAUCUUAUUUCCAUAGUGUUAUUGUUCGAAUCUUGUUGAUUUGCAAUAAUUUUGUUAAGUAGUUUUAUUAAAAACUUAUGGUAUUAAUUUUUUGACUUUGUCUUCAAAACAAAAGAAUUGUUAAAUUGAAAGCAUUGGAUAUUUUUGCCCAGUUGUGCUUUUUCUCUUCUUUUUUUUUUUCAAUCAAAAGAAAUUUAACUAAUUAAGAAAUUAUAAAUGGUUAUUUGUGGCACAACAACCUAUGUCUAAUUGUGAGAGUUCCAAGUGCCUCUUCAAAAAGGAAUGCUUUUAUUAGGCAGGACUGAAGGAAGUUUGAGGGAUGGUGUGCUUCCAGGCUCUUCUAGUCAUUAUUGUGCCUGUUCAAUAGUUCCGAUUUUGAAGUGAAAUGUUUUGAAUUUAAAUAUUGAUUUUGAAGCAGAAAUAAUAACAAAGAAUCAUGAUUUUUGAAUUGGAAACUUUUGUUCGGACGAAACUCAUGUCCAAAAAUGAAUGCUUUACAUUUGACUGAAGAAAGAGAUCUUGGAAGAUAUAAAAAUAAUCACAAGAUGUCAUGAUGAAAAUUGUAAGCUUCUUUUUUUGCCAAAAAUUAUUGUUUUCUGCAAUUUGGAUAUGGUUGUUUUGGGUGGCUAUUAUUCUAAAAUGGAAUGUUUUCUUGAAUGCCAUGAUAAAACAACAGAACGCUUAGUGAAAUUGUUUCUUCUUACUGUAUUAUGACUUCUCCCGAAAGUGCCCAAAUCAAAUGUUAUUGAGGAUCCAAUUCUUUUGUAAACUUGAUCGCUACAAGUGAACUACAUUUUGAAGGAAUUCCAUAUUACCACACAAUGUAAAUGUAAAUGGUGCUUAUCUGUCCAAAAAGUGUUGAAAUUGUCAUCUUGUGUGCGUAAGGAAGAAAUAGCAUGAGUGAAUUAUGAUUUGUUAUCGAAGUGAAUGAAUGAAAAUUCAUUGUACUCUAUGUAUUCCAUAAUGUGUAAAUAUCUCCUUGCUAAGUGUUAAUUGUGAUUGAAAAUGUCAUGUAUUGUAUUCAUUUUAUACUAAGUGGAAUUAGAAAAAUUAAAAUUGUAAUGAAAUAUUGAGGGGAGCUUCAACAUUGUUUUGAUUGUGAAGUUUUUUCCAUGCUGUUUUGCUUUUAAUAAUUUUCUUUUGUUAGAAAUGCAUAGAUCAUUAGUAGAACUAUGCUCAAGAGCUCGAUGGUGUUAUCCAGUUAAGUGCCAAUCGUUCAUAAUUAUUUUGCCUGGGUUUGUUACAUAUGUAACAGAAUGCUGUACCACUGCUGCCACAAAGAUUGGUUGUAAAGGAUAUCUGUUAAUUCAGUUGUCUUCUGACAACAGUAUUAUUUCUUUGAAUCAUUGAUUAUGCCAGUAGAAUAUGCUGUUGCUGAUAUGUACGUCUUUGUCAAGAGUUUUAAUAUCGCUCAUAUGCAUCGUAUCAAAUUUAGCAACGUUAUUAAUACUUUUAUUAUUUUUUAUUUUAUCAUUACUUUUCUUUAUUUUUGGCUUAUUACACAUUGCAUUUAGUAGUUUUACUUUUGAAGUGCAAUUGAUUAACAUGUUGGAGAAAGUUAAUUGUGGUUCCUCUAAAUGGCAAAUUGGUACAGUUGGUAUCUUGUUUACAUUGCAAUUACAGCUUGUAUGUUAAAGUUGUUAAGUCUGUUGUUUCACGUUUGUAAAAUUAUUAUGAAAUAAGUGGUUUAAAACCAACCUGUGGUUACAAUGUGUAAAUUCAAAUGUGAAAGUGUAAAUAACAUUUCUCUGAUUUGAGAUGUUACCACAGAGAGUACUGGGCUUAACGUCAUUAUGUAUUAGAGUCUUCAUUUAUUGUAUAUAAAAUUUAUAAAUAUAGUAAAAUGAUAAUUACCUUUAUAUAUUAAUAUUGUAGUAUGAACACACUUGUAUGUGAUUACAGGUAACAACAAACUAAAUAUAUAUACAUAUAUAUAUAAAUAUAUAUACUUACAAAAAGGUUUAUGCUUCAAGUAGCGCUGUAAACUGUUAGCUAUAUGUUUUCAUGGAUUUGGUAAUGUUUUUGGGGGAGUAAUGUAAAUUGCUUCCGUCAAUGAGCUUAUUUGGUUUCUCUCUUCAAUUUCUUUUGAUAGAUUUAAGACCUUUGCAUGCAUUUUGUUGUGUUAUUCAUUGAAGAUCAAAGUUAUUCACUUUUGAGAACAGAACAAUAAGUUUGUCUAAAAUGUAUUAUAGAAUAUUAUAUUAUCUGUGGAUACAAUACAUUGUUUUCUUGUUAAUUUUUUGUCUUUUGAUUUACCUUUUAUAGAAUCAAAAUAAUUUCUUCAACAUUGUUGCCAGUUUGUGAUAUUCUGGAAAUCAGAUCUUCACUGAAAGUACUAGAUGAGACAUGUUACAAGUAAAACUUUUUUUUUUUUAAUACAAACUCAUUUUAUUGUUGAAGUUUGUAAUUUGAGUUAAUUGCUUCCAAUGUGUGAUGUGCUUCAUUAUUUGAAAUUUAAGGACAUGAAGUUGUUAUAAUUUUAUAAUUUCUAAUAUUUUUUUGUUACUAGUUUAAAUUAAGGCUAAAAAUUAUGUCCAGUUAGAGAAAGAAGUAAAAAUUGAGGUAACAAUUGCAAGCACUGGAAAAUCUUCAUAUACAAGUGAAAUUGUUCAUUAGAUUUUGUUUUUCUUUUCAGUUUCCAUCUCAUUUCUUUUAUUUUAUUGCAAGUACAUUUUUGUGUGUGAAUGUAGUUGCAGUGCUGUAGUUUAUUUGCCAUCAUUUAUCAAUAUUCCAUUUUCUCCCCAUAGUUUUGCAAUACAAUAUGUAUUUCAGUUGUGUGUGCAGUGCAAAGAUUUGAAAGUUGAAUUUUCAGAAAAAACUCAAAAUGAGUAUUCAUAUUGAUGUGGCACUUUGAAGCUGCAGUGCAAUAACAGAAACUUGUUUAAAAAGCUAAAAAUAUACUGUUAUAACCAUCAAAUUAUUAGUGUUAAGAAGUGCAAGAAUGAAUUACGUAGUACAUCGUAUUGUAAUGAAUGAGAAUAUUAGUGAGUUUUUUAUAUUCAGAACGUUAUAUUUUAUUAGUGAAUUAAGCAAGUAUUUUGCUUGUGUGUGGCAUUUUUGAAUUCUUUUAAUUUGAAGGCUCAUUUGAUUUUAUUCAUACAACACUCGCUUACAUUAGAAGAAAGGAACAUUGCCUUGAAAAUUCAUCAAUCAUUUUGUUAAUGAAUGUAUUAAGGAAAAUGCAUUUGGUGUAUAUUUCUUCCUGUUAAUUGAGAAGUUGUUUCCAAAGAUCCGUGGCAUACAGAGUGUGAGAAAAAAACAACAACAACAUAAGGAAUGAAAUUCAGCAUAUCAAUAUAAUUAACACUUGCUUUUCUAUUGCUACAUCAUGAACAUGUUCAUACGUUUGCAUAAAAAGUAUGUAAUAUAGUCUAGAUAAAGCUGUUGUUUCAUCUGGGACCAAUAUGCAUUGUCUGUGUCCACUUACAGCUAGUGUUUCCCAAAUUGUUGUGAAAUUACUUACUGGGUACUUCCUUUAUGCAUUGUUGUCUUUAAUAGCUUAUUUAACUAAGACUGUCGAUAGAUGUUUUCAAAACAAUAAUUUUAGGACACUGUAUAAUCUGUUUACAUUGAAAAUUGUAGGGUAAACUGCUUAAUGUGAUAAAGACUUACGAACACAAAAAGAUUAAGUCGUACUUGUUGCUGCCCUUUGUAUUUAUGCACCAUGUAAGUUUGGGCAAAUAAAAUAUUUAUUUUCAGUCUUAAGAGUAUGCUGUUCAAACUCCCAUGUGAAGAUAUAUGUAUUAUAAUAAAUAUCAAUUAUAGUAAUAAAGGGAGUUUUAGAAAUUUUGUAGAUUAAACUUGAAAUGUACAUCUAAAAAUUGCAACUGUCUGAACUAAUAUUUAGUUCAGGUGAACAUGUAUGUACAUAGGAAUAAAUUGUAUCAUUGUUUCAUAAGAGUGCUUUGCCUCUAACCUACAAUAAUGAAUGACAACUUUAUCAUACUGCCACUGUGCCACUGUAGAUCCAGCUUUACAACUGCAUUGUUUUUCUAAAAUACAAGUCAUUGUUGUAAAGGUAUACGAGACAACCUGCAGAAUCUGCAUUAAGGUAGUUAACCCUGUUGUUUGUAUGUAAUAUAAGCUGUCAAAUUAUGAAUACCUGUGACAGAUAAUCUGUUAUGACCUUCUUGUAAGAAUAAAUUGUUUCUUGU